AUGAUGAUGGUGGAACUUCCUCUGAUGAUGAUGGUGGAACUUCCUCUGAUGAUGAUGGUGGAACUUCUUCACUGGAGCUUGGUGGAACUUCUUCACUUGAUGAAGGUGGAACCUCUUCACUGGAACUUGGUGGGACCUCUUCACUGGAGCUUGGUGGGACCUCUUCACUGGAGCUUGGUGGAACUUCUUCUGAUGAUGAAGGUGGAACCUCUUCACUGGAACUUGGUGGGACCUCUUCACUUGAUGAAGGUGGAACUUCUUCACUGGAGCUUGGUGGGACCUCUUCACUGGAGCUUGGUGGAACUUCUUCACUGGAGCAUGGUGAAACUUCUUCACUUGAUGAAGGUGGAACCUCUUCACUGGAACUUGGUGGGACCUCUUCACUAG